CUGUGCGCAAAAAGACGCAAAGACGUUCCGCCGGAUCUCUCAACUUUAUAACACGAUGUCUGCGUUGCAGAAGAAAUUCGGAGAUGAUUUCCAGGUAGCCACGACCUCUUCAAGCGGAGGCGCUUUUAAACAAGAGAAAAAGAAAAAAAGGCAACGCUUCGUGGAUAAAAACGGACGCUGCAACGUCCAGCACGGAAACCUGGGCGGAGAGACCAGCCGCUACCUGUCCGAUCUCUUCACCACCCUGGUGGAUCUGAAGUGGCGCUGGAACCUGUUCGUCUUCGUGCUCACCUACACGGUGGCCUGGCUCUUCAUGGCCUCUAUGUGGUGGCUGAUCGCCUUCGUGCGCGGAGAUCUGGAGCGCUCGCGCGACGACAAGUACACCCCGUGCGUCGCCAACGUGCACAACUUUCCGUCCGCUUUCCUUUUCUUCAUCGAGACCGAAGCCACCAUAGGCUACGGAUACCGGUACAUCACGGACAAGUGCCCCGAGGGCAUCAUCCUCUUCCUCUUCCAGUCCAUUCUGGGCUCCAUCGUGGAUGCCUUUCUCAUCGGCUGCAUGUUUAUUAAAAUGUCGCAGCCGAAGAAACGCGCGGAGACGCUGAUGUUCAGCGAGCACGCGGCCAUCUCCAUGCGCGACGGCAAACUCACGCUCAUGUUCCGCGUGGGAAACCUGAGGAACAGCCACAUGGUGUCCGCACAGAUCCGCUGCAAACUUCUCAAAUCUCGACAGACUCCUGAGGGUGAAUUCCUGCCUCUGGACCAGCUGGAGCUAGAUGUUGGUUUCAGUACGGGAGCAGAUCAGCUCUUCCUGGUGUCACCCCUCACCAUCUGCCAUGUGAUUGAUUCAAAAAGUCCCUUUUAUGAUCUAUCACUCAGGUCCAUGCAGACAGAGCAGUUUGAGAUCGUAGUGAUCCUGGAGGGCAUUGUGGAGACCACAGGCAUGACCUGCCAGGCACGGACGUCAUACACCGAAGACGAGGUCCUUUGGGGUCACCGCUUCUUUCCAGUCAUCUCUCUGGAGGAGGGCUUUUUUAAGGUGGACUACUCGCAGUUUCAUGGUACUUUUGAGGUGCCCACACCUCCACACAGUGUCAAAGAGCAGGAGGAGAGCUUGCUGCUGUCCUCACCACUCACCGCCCCCUCACUCUGCCACAGUACAGGAGUCCUGACUGAAGGCAGCAGCACUGUGGAUGGUCUGGAGGCCCUCCAGAGUGAUGCGGAGACCGGCUCAAUCAAUAUGGCUGCUCCCCUGACUACAACUAAACUUCCAGCCAAACUGCAAAAGUUGACUGGAAGAGACGGCAUGCCACGCAAGCUUCUACGCAUGAGCUCAGAGAUUACGUACAACCUGGGUGAGCUGCCCGUCAAGCUUCAGAGAAUCAGCUCUGCACCUGGCGUGGCCGAGGACAGGCUGCCACCUAUCAGCUCUCUGCUCAGCUCUGCAGAAGAAAAGUUCUCUUCCAGACUGGGACUUAUAGGGGGUGAACCCAUCAGCCAGUCAGUGACAGACCUGCCGCCAAAAUUGCAGCGACUAGCCGGAGGGAUUGGAGUCGGAGUUGGCGUUGGAAGAAUGGACGGCCACCUGCCUCCCAAACUACGAAAGAUGCACUCAGAGAGGUUUACAGGGUUAAGUCUAAAAUAAACACUGAUCACGCUAAAUUACAGCUUUAUAAGCGGAAUACGAC